AUGCCCGUCUACAAAGUCCACGGUUUCCAAUGGCCCCGAGGUGGCAUACCCAGCAUACGAGUCUUCAUUGUGCUGGAGAACCUGGACGACGCAGCCGCAGAAUACGUGCAACAAAAGAGAACCUCAAAUCUGAUUCUGAAUGCGCUGAAGAAAAACCAUCCACAGGCUGCUCAGUAUCUGCCCGAUCUGCAACUGAUUGAACAAUAUGACCCUCUAGACAUGACCGAUACGGCUGUCAGCCAGCCGUACGCCUUUGUUGCGGACAGCGUCACCAUGCUCCCGGAGACCGCGAGACCGGUGCAUGGACUAAGUGUGAGUAUCGAUCAGCAUCUGCUAGACGACGCUUUUUCGCCUGAAAGACGAGCCGCGCUCGCCGAGGUUCGUGAUGCCGUCGCUCCGGGCCAGAAGAUCGGUUGGUGGAUCGUUUACAACGGCGAUCCUGAGAGAUACUAUCCCGGAAUGGAGGACAACGACAAUCUAGAUGCCGAAGCAGCUGGUGAUGAUGUUGAUGUUAGUCAUAGUGAUAUUGCCAGCUUUCAAAGCUCGGAGACUGGGAAGUCGUCUCCUUUUGUUCCACCUGAAUCGCCCAAAACACCUGGUUUGAAAAAGAAGAGAUCAUUUUGGCGACGCAAAGCAUGA